AUGAAGUUCAAAAGUGGACAGAGUGUGAAAGCAGAUGCGACGGUGGAAGUGGCUCCGACAUGUUCGACGCCACCGGAGGAGUCUGAGCACACGGUCGAUGAGUACGCGCGGCUAUUUGGAGUGGACGAGGAUGCAUAUGCGCAGCCAACCACAACAAGAAAAGAGCUCUGGUCUUAUUAUCUUUACUACAAUGGUGAUAAUGGUGUUGGUCCCGGCUCUUAUACUCAGGCAUUGUACGAAUCUGUAGCCGAGCAAUCGCGUAUUGCAGUGGGAAAGCAUGCUGAUACUGAUACACAUUCACACAGAUUUCAAUGGGCCUUGAAUGGAGCUGGAUUCCAGCCAAACACAGAGCCCCCGUUGCCAUGCACCAGCUCGUCCGCCUGUGUGGUGCCUUGGGCCGGUAGCACGCGGUCAAUCUCGUCGGUGGUUCUAAUUGCCAACGGUCUCUGCUUCACCUUCAUGACAGUUAUAUUCGUCUGGCUUGGCAGUGCCGCUGAUUACGGGUCCUUUGGCCGAUGGCUUCUUCUUGCUCUGACCGUGGUUUGCUGGGCAUUACAGUACGGCAUGAUGGCUAUUCGCGAGCCGAGUCAAUGGCCGGCUGCAAUGGCAAUGUAUAUCGUCGCUUACAUUUGCUAUGGGUCCACGCUGGUAUUUUACGCGGCCGUGUUCCCUCGACUGGCAAGGUACAUGCCUCAUGUGCGAAAGGCACGUGAAGAAGAACUACGAGAGGGCGAAAUUGAUCAACAGGAGUACGAUGUGAUUGAGUCGCUCGAGCGUAACCACAUAAGCAAUAUCUCGACAGCCCACAGCAACAUCGGAUACUUGCUCACGCUAGUGUUGAAUUUGAGCGUCCUUUUGCCGAUGCAAAACAAUCCGUUUUCCAAUAAUCUAGCACUCUGCCUGACCAAUUCAUACUGGGUCAUUCUAGGAAUCUGGUGGUUCCUAUUUCAGCAGAAACGUCCUGGUCCUCCUGUCCCCAAAGGUUCCAAUUACGCAACUGUAGGCUUCAAGCAGAUAUGGCUAGCAUUGCGCGAGAUCAGAUCUCUUCCACAGACAUUUCUUUACUUUGUCGCGUAUUUCCUUCUGGCCGAUGGCCUGAACACAACGGGAACUCUGGUGAACAUCAUUCAGAACGAUCAGAUUUCGUUCUCCUUUCUUCAAUUGACUUACCUGGGUAUCACCCAAGCAGCAUGUUCAAUCACGUCAACCUUCGGGUUCUGGUACAUCCAGAAGUACUUCCGAUACAAGACAAAGUCGAUGUUCUUAUUCACCAAUUGCUUUACCGUGUUGAUUCCCUUUUGGGGGAUGCUAGGACUUUGGACCAGGCGUAUUGGAUAUCACAAUACAUGGGAAUUCUAUUUCUACAACGUGAUAUUCGGUCUAUUUCAGGCCCCAUAUUAUGCGAUCAGCCAAGCUAAAAGGAAAGAAAAAAAUUAUCAGUACGCCCAAACCAUGGUCUCUGAAAUGAUUCCCCGCGGCUACGAUAACAUGUUCUUCGCGCUCUUCGGCAUAACCAAUCGCGCAUCCUCUAUCAUUGGGCCCAGCGUGAUUCAAGCUAUCAUCAACGACUCACGGAAUAAUUGGAUGGGGUUCCCAUUUCUCUUUGCGAUCUGUGCCGCCGCGCUGAUUGUGAUUUGCUUCGUGGAUGUGGAAAAGGGUCGCGAGGACUGUCGGAAGUUUACUGAGAGACGACAGGUUGAUCGUGUCGCGGCAGAUACGGGCGUCGAUGUGGAGCGGUUGAAUAAGGGUAAGGGUUCGGUGAGGAGGGUUGAUCGAGGAGUAAUGACGCAUCAGGGUGAUGAGGAUUGA